AUGUCCAACACGGAGCAGAAGCUCGAAGACCGUGACCCGACUCCAGUCUUGGCUCGCUGGCCCUCAACAGCCGGGCACUGGUAUCUCGCCCAGCGCCACCAUGACGAGACCAUUCAAUUCGAGAAUCCCGUCGACCCCGUCAAUGGAGUAAAGACGACAGUCGCGGAAAUUGGAGAUGCCAACAUCAGAGCAUAUCCAAUAGGUCUCGGCGGCAAUCCACUGAAAAGCUCCCCCGGCACACACCCACUUCGGGAAGGAGACAACGUCCUCGCCUACACUCGCUCCGCAUGCCCCAUGUAUUAUCCACAGCGACAAAGAUACGAGAUGGGUGUCGUCGUCACUGUGGUAUCAGACGAAUUUGUCAUAGUGAAGUUUGAAGAUGGCGUUGUAAAGUCAGUGAACUGCAGACGGAUACGCCGCAUGUAUCUGGGAGGGCCGACUCGCCUCGACUACUCGGCUCGCGGCAUGUAUCCCAGGUGCACCAGCUCCGAGUCAAGACCACACCUCUUCUCAUUCUCUGCUCGAGCCGAGCCCGAGUUUUCUGCACACUCUUCGAGUGAUUCCACGAGUGCUUCCCCGAGUGCUUCCCCGAGUGCUUCCCCGAGUGCUUCCCGGAGUGCUUUCCCGAGUCAAGCCAACUCAAUGGGUGUUGUGGUCAGAAAUUUCUUCAACCGUUGGAUCGCUAUCGUUUGGACGUUUGGACUAUAG